AGUUUAUUGAAGCCGUUAAUGCAGAAGAAGAAAAACGUACACAACAGAGAUGGCGUCACCCGGCGAGGCAUCGGUGGAUGAGACACACGUGGGUAAAAAGAAGAAGCUGCCUGCUCGAUACUGGCAGGAGCUCCAGGAGGAGGAACGGAAGGAUGAAAACAAAGUUAAAAGCGACGGAGAACAGAGCAAAGAGGCUCUGCGGCAGGAGGAGGACAAGACACAGAAGGCAAAGAAGCGAAAACAAGACCAAAGUCCAAGUGAUGGAGAGAAAGUCAAGCCAGAGUCUGAUCCAUUCCCAGGCCCUGCUCCUAUUCCAGAAGACAGAUUGCAAAAAUUCAAGAGGAAAGAUAAACUUAAAAAGCCUCACCGUAAGCAGCACAAGCUGAGAGAUAUCAUAGCUCGCUCAGAAGACGCUUCAGAAAUGGCCCAGAAACAAGCAGCACGGUUUGACCUUCUCCUCCCGGAGGAGGCAGGGUUUUUAGAAGGAGAUGAAGAUGAGGACACGUGUAUGAUCUCACAGGAGGAUAUUGCGGAGGCUGUGGACAUAACAUCUGGAGCAAAGUAUUUUAAUCUGAAACUGUCUCAGUUUGGACCGUAUCGAUUGGAUUACAGCAAGACUGGACGGUCAGUAUCAUGCAAUAUCAUGCAGCACAUGCUUAUCUGUGUGAAGUGUUUUGUCUCUCUCUUGUGGAGAGAGACUGAUAUUUAGUGAUUUAAAAGGCCAACAUAUCAGCAGAUGGUUUAACAUUUAACAAAUUGCUCCUUCAUGUAGUGGUGGGGUUUUUUGGGUUUGUUUUUUUUUUUUUUGUAAAACACUGAUUUAUGUCAAGUCCACCUAAGUUGUCGAUGGGCUUGGCAGGACGACUCACCGUUUCUAGAGGAAAUGCUAAGUAUCCUUUAUAACCUUUGUAAUCUUCUAAGCAGAUAUGAAACGUACAUAUUUAUUUC